AGCUGAGCAACUAAACUCUCUACGGAACACCCGAGAAAUAGAAACAAUCCCCCCAAAAGAAAAGAUAAAGAUAAGAUUGAGAUGGCUUAGGCGGCCCAAAGUCAGCAUUUCUCUGUCCCUUCAACUUACAUAUAUCGGCUACUUGUUGCUUUAAAAUACAUCAACUUGUGCUCGUUUUCUAUCACAUAAGAAAUCACUUAAUAUCCAGGAUUAUUCGCCAUCCCUAUGCAAUAUGCGGCUCGCUGUUUGGAGGAUUCGUUUUCGCUGCGACGGUCGUUAGACUGAUGUCUAUUAGAUGGUGGGCAUUUACUUGUGCAAUCGCUGUGCAGCGAUAGGUACCUCGUAACGUAGCAUCGCAUCAGUUCACCUCUCAGAUAAGGCAACGGAAAUCCCGCCGGGAUAGCAUGGGGUGCGAGAGGAUGUGAUACACAUAUAUAUGCAUACACCUUUGCCCUGGACGAAGAAUGGGGGACGAUACACGUGGAAAACAUCGUCGGUGGUUAUUUGCCUCUAUCAACACUGUUUUUUUCUUAACCCCCCCCCCUCUGCCAAGGAACCGAUAUCACAAAAGCAAGAUUCGCAAAUAUGGGGGACAUUGAAGGAGGGCGAAGGGACGAGAUCAAGGCGGGUCCUCCUGAUAAUCAGGAGGAUGCGAUCGGUGAUCUGAAAGUAGAGCGGGACAAUCGUCAUGUCGGCACGCUCAACCGUGGGCUCAAAUCUCGACAUAUCCAAUUCAUGGCCUUGUCGGGGGCUAUUGGGACUGGUCUCUUCGUCGGCAGCGGUCAGGUCAUAUCGCUUGCCGGUCCACUCUCCGCCUUCCUUGCGUAUCUGAUUACGGCAGCCAACGUCUACUGUGUCGUCCAAAGCCUCGGUGAAAUGGCAACUUACCUUCCUUUACCCGGCGCCGUCCCAGUAUAUGCGUCGAGAUACGUCGACGAGGCAUUGGGAUUUGUUCUCGGCUGGAACUAUUGGUACCAGCUGGCGAUCGGUUGUCCGCUCGAAGUGACCGUGUCGGUUGUAAUCGUCGACUACUGGCCGAAUGAUAUCCCCGAUGUUGCACUGAUCACUGUCUUCUUUUUCGCCAUGGUUAUCACCAACUGCCUCCCCGUACGUAUGUACGGUGAAGCGGAGUUUGCCUUUGGCGCUGUCAAACUUACCACAAUCGUGGGGUUGAUCAUCCUGAUGUUCAUUAUCACGCUUGGCGGGACUCCUAGCGGCGAGAAGAUCGGAUUUAAAUACUGGAUCGACCCAGGGCCGAUGAACGAGUACCUGGCGGCUGGGUCGCUGGGACGGUUCCUCGCGUUCUGGAAGGUGUUUAUCCAGGCGACGUUCUCAUACGGGGGCAGUGAGCUCGUAGCUACUGCUGCCGGAGAAGCGGAGAACCCCCGGGUAUCGAUUCCUAAGGCAAUCCGCCGUGUCUUCUGGAGAAUCGCGCUGUUCUACGUGCUGGCUAUAUUCUUAGUAACCCUGUGUGUGUCCUCGCAGGAUGGUCGUCUCCUUGAGGCCAUCAAGACAUCAGCUCCCGGCGCAGCCUCUUCGCCCUUCGUCAUUGCCAUUGAAAAUGGCGGGAUACAUGUCUUGCCUUCCAUCAUCAACGCAGUUGUCCUCUCUUCUGCCUGGUCUGCUGGGAACUCGUUCUUCUAUUCUUCAACACGAGUGUUAUACGCCGCCGCGCUUGAUGGGAAGGCGCCUAAGCUCCUCAAGUACGAGAAAUGGGGAGUCCCGUACGCCUGCGUUGGCGCAACCACGGUGCUUAGCUUCUUGUGUUAUAUGAAUGUGAACAACAGCGGCGAGCAGGUCUUCUUCUGGUUCUCAAACAUCUCGGCUGUCUCAACACUUAUCGUGUGGGCGGCUAUCUGUGUCACCUACCUUCGCUUCUACCAUGGCCUCCGCUACAACGGUAUCUCGCGUGAUACGCUUCCCUAUAAGUCUCCUCUGCAGCCGUACCUCGCGUACUUCGCCGUUUGCUUUUGUCUUACUGUUGCGCUCUUCAACGGAUACGACGCCUUCUUCCCGGGCAAGUUCAGCGCCAAGACGUUUAUACCGCCGUACAUCAAUAUUCCGAUAUUCCUUAGUUUGUUCCUGGGGUACAAGCUGAUUAAGAGGACGAGUUUCGUCAAGCUAAGCGAAAUGGACCUGUGGAGCGGCAAGGCAGAGAUCGAUCGUUUGGAAGGAACAUGGCCGGAGGUGAAGCCAAGAAAUUUCUUGGAAAGGCUUUGGUUCUGGAUCGCGUGAAAAGGGUUGACGAGCGCGGACCAGGUUUCGACUAUGCUACCUAUGGCUUCUUGAAGCUUUUGGGGGUUCCUUGGUAAUGAGGACUGCCCCACUCUGUUCUAAUAGGGGCGGUUGUAUCGAUAGCCUGGGUUACUUAAUAUGCCAGGAUAGACUAUAUCGUUGAACCUAUACGUGUUUGCCAGGGCAAAUAGAAGUACGUGUGCAUUACAUACUUAGAUUAAACCUCGAGCUGGCUAGGUACAUGGUAUCGUCAACACUUAUUAGGCCUACGGGAUAGUGGAAGCACCCGACAGUCGUUAACAUCGUACUUAGAAACACACCUGGUAGAUAUG